AUGCUGUCUUUAAUCUGUCAGAAGAAUGCUAAAAUUCUACCCCAGUUAUUGUGCAAUGUUAGAUGUGCAAGUAAAUCUCAUAAACCCAAAACUGCCAUAAUUAUGUUAAACAUGGGAGGACCACAAACGGUAGAUCAGGUUGGAGAUUAUCUUCAUAGAAUAAUGACAGAUCGUGAUAUGAUACAAUUGCCAGUUCAAAGUAAGUUAGGACCGUGGAUAGCUAGUCGGAGAACUGAGGAGGUAAAAAAGAAGUAUCAGGAAAUUGGUGGAGGAUCACCGAUUUAUAGAUGGACAGAUUUACAAGGCAAAUUGCUAACAGAAGCCUUAGACCAAAUGUUACCUGAGUCUGCACCGCACAAACACUACAUAGCCUUUAGAUAUGUACCACCAUUUACUGAUGAUGCACUUCAGGCGAUGGAGGCUGACGGUGUGGAAAGAGCUGUGAUAUUCUCACAAUACCCACAAUAUAGUUGUGCAACCACUGGGUCGAGUUUGAACGCGAUAGCUGACUUCUAUAAGGACAAGAAACAGCCGAAUAUAAAAUUCAGUUUGAUAGAACGGUGGGGAACUAAUGAGCUCUUAGCCACGGUUUUCGCUGAUCGAAUAAAAGAGAAGUUGAAGCUAUUUGAUGGGAGUGUCAGAGAUGAUGUCAUGAUUAUGUUCACUGCGCAUAGUUUACCAUUGAAGGCGGUAUCCCGUGGAGACACAUACCCUCAUGAGAUAGCAGCUUCAGUUUCAGCCACCAUGAGCAAACUCCAAGUACCGAACCCUCAUAGGCUUGUGUGGCAAUCGAAGGUCGGACCCUUACCGUGGCUUCAGCCAUACACUGAUGAUGCUAUUAAGUCAUACGCAAAGAAGGGAGUCAAACACAUGAUCCUCGUGCCAAUAGCGUUCGUCAAUGAACAUAUUGAGACGUUACACGAGUUGGACAUUGAGUAUUGUGAUGAAGUCGCUAAAGAGGCAGGUGUUAAACAAAUAGAGAGGGCUGCAGCACCCAACGACCAUCCCACAUUCAUAGCAGCUAUGGCUGAUGUUGUGUCCAAGCACUUAACAACUGGACCAAGUGUGUCCCGACAGUUUUUGUCCAGAUGUCCCCACUGUGUUAGUGCAAGAUGUCAAUCUUCAAAAGAGUUUUACAAAAAAUUAUGCAAUUAUAUUGAGUGCUCUAAAGAGAUGUAA